AAAACCCAGGGGCCUGGGGCUCCCCAGAUACCCUGCCUCCUCUAUCCCCCUUCAUACACACCUACUUCUGAAGCUGUUCUUGCCCCACUUUCUCAGCCGCCAUGUCCAGGCAGUCCACCAUCACUUUUCAGACGGGCAGCCGCAGGGGCUUCAGCACUGCCUCAGCCUCCAGUCGCCCCCGCUUCAGCUCAGCCUCCGUGGCCCGCUGCACUUGGGGCAGUGCAGGCCUGAGAAGAAUUAGUGAUCCUGGGGCCAGCUUUGGAAGCCGCAGCCUCUACAACCUAGGGGGGACCAAGCGGGUCUCUGUCAGUGGGAGUGGUGGCAACUUCCGAAGUGGCUUUGGUGGCAGGGCGAGCAGUGGGUUUGGGGUCAGCAGUGGAUUUGGCUAUGGUGGUGGAGUGGGAGGGAGCUUUGGUGGCCCUGGCUUCCCCGUCUGUCCCCCUGGAGGUAUCCAAGAGGUCACAGUCAACCAGAGUCUCCUGACUCCCCUCAACCUGCAAAUCGACCCCACCAUCCAGCGAGUGCGGAAAGAAGAGCAGGAGCAGAUCAAGACCCUCAACAACAAGUUUGCCUCCUUCAUCGACAAGGUACGGUUCCUGGAGCAGCAGAACAAGGUCCUAGAGACCAAGUGGAGCCUCCUGCAGGAGCAGGGCACCAAGACCGUGAGGCAGAACCUGGAGCCCUUCUUUGAUGCCUGCCUCAAUGACCUCCGCCGGCAGCUGGACAGCGUCACCACUGAGAGGGGCAGGCUGGAUGCUGAGCUCAGGAAUAUGCAAGAUAUUGUAGAAGAUUUCAAAGUCAGGUACGAGGAUGAAAUUAACAAGCGCACGGCUUCUGAAAAUGAGUUUGUGGGCCUGAAGAAGGACGUGGACAUCGCCUACAUGAACAAGGUGGAGCUGGAGGCCAAGGUCAGCAGUCUGACUGAUGAGAUCAACUUCUUACGGAUGCUGUAUGAGGCAGAGCUGUCCCAAAUGCAGACACAGGUUAGUGACACAUCCGUGGUCCUCUCCAUGGACAACAACCGCAGCCUGGACCUGGACAGCAUCAUUGCCGAGGUCAAGGCCCAGUAUGAAGACAUUGCCAACCGCAGCCGGGCUGAGGCUGAGUCUUGGUACCAGACCAAGUAUGAGGAGCUACAAGUCACAGCAGGCAGACAUGGCGAUGAUCUCCGAAACACCAAACAAGAGAUCGCUGAGGUGAAUCGGAUGAUCCAGAGGCUGAGAAGCGAGAUUGACAACGUGAAGAAGCAGUGUUCCAGCCUGCAAACAGCCAUUGCUGAUGCAGAACAGCGUGGAGAGCUGGCCCUCAAGGAUGCACGAGCCAAGCUGGUGGACCUGGAGGAGGCUCUGCAGAAGGCCAAGCAGGACAUGGCCCGGCUGCUGCGGGAGUAUCAGGAGCUGAUGAACGUCAAGCUGGCCCUGGACGUGGAGAUCGCCACCUACAGGAAGCUGCUGGAGGGCGAGGAGAACAGGCUGAGUGGAGAGGGUGUUUCUCCGGUUAACAUCUCUGUGGUCACCUCCACAAUUUCCAGUGGCUAUGGCGGUGGCAGUGGCAUCAGAGGUGGAAACCUGAGUCUUGGUGGGGGCAGUGGCUACUCCUUCACCACCAGUGGUGGACACAGCUUGGGUGUGGGCCUGGGGAGCUCCAGCUUCAGUGCUGGUAGCAGCCGGAGCCCUGGGGGCAAUGGCUCCAGCGUCAAGUUUGUCUCCACCACAUCCUCCAGCCGAAAAAGCUAUAAGCACUAAGUACAGUCGCCCCACUCCCCUACUCCUGUCCUGAAGUCAGAUCUGCCCACUGACCUGGGUCAUUCUCCUGCUCCCCUUCACAAGACCCACCUGUGCUCUAGGAAGUCUGGCAUCGUGGCUAAACCCCAUCUUCUAACCUGAGCCAGCCUCUGCCCUCCUGACAGUCCCCAGACCGCUGCUGGUGCCCUCUCUGUGCCAAAGCACAGAGACUUUCAAGAUUCACAUUCAGCUUGUCUUGCAGAGACUCCCCCUUCAGCCCUGCCUUCCACUCUCCCUCCGGAUACAGAAAUGGGGAGUCAGUGUCUCCCAGGCCAUCUUAAUGCCAGGUUGUCAACCCCGUUGUCUCACGGUGCUUAUAAGCUGUCUGCUGGGAGUGAGGGCUCCCUCUCUCCCCUCCCUGGAAUGUGUCAA